GGAAGAGCGACUUCCCAAAAACUCAGUCGGAAGCUCCUCAUUCCCACGAACAUGUCGGAGACAUCCAGCUGAUAACCAGGAGCGCUUCAGCUGAAUGGAGUCCGACAGGUUGCUGGGGGAGAGUGUGAACGCGGAGCCCUCGGACUAUGGCACCCGGCGGGGCUCAGCGCGCGCAGGGGCUCCUCCGGGCCACCGGCGAAUGUCCUACACGGCUUUAGCGGAGGCGUGCAGCGUCCAGGCGGUGCCAGGUGAUGAGGAACUUUCGGUCCAACAGGCUGUAGUCUUCAUAGAAGAUGCCAUCAAGUAUCGGUCCAUCAACCACAGAGUGGACGCCAACUCCCUGCGUCUGUACCGAUGGUACUACUCCAAAAUCUGUCAGUGGCUGAUUGGCCUGGCCAUCGCGUUGGUGUUGCUGCUGGCAUUUGUAGAAAGGCCCUCGUCUCUGUCCGUCACCUCGGACCUGCGGCGCCGCUCCCCGGCAUGGCAGCCACCCUGCGGUGUCACCGAAGUCUUCGAGCUGGCCUGCCUCAUUGUCUUCUCGCUGGACCUGGCUGUGAAGAGCUACCUGAUUGGCUGGGAGGAAUUCCGGAAGAACAAGUGGCUGAUCAGCUACACUGUGGUCUUAACAGUCUCCAUCAUCGACUGGGUGCUGUCCAUCAGCAUGGAGUGUGACGAGAAACUGAGAGUGCGUCGUCUGCUCCGUCCAUUCUUUCUCCUCCAAAACUCCUCGCUGAUGAAAAAGACCCUCAAGUGCCUCAAGAGGACGCUGCCAGAGAUAGCAAGUGUCAUCCUGCUGCUGGCUCUUCACCUUGCCAUCUUUACCAUGCUCGGAAUGCUGCUCUUCCCAAAAACUGAGGAUCCUGAUAAAAAUGUCGAGUGGGAGUUGCAUUUCCGAAACCUGCCCACCGCACUCACAUCUCUGCUGGUGUUGCUCACGACGGCCAACAACCCUGAUGUCAUGAUCCCAGCGUACACCCUCAACAGAGCCUACUCCCUUUUCUUCAUCCUCUACAGCGUCAUUGGGACAUUCUGUCUGAUGAACCUGCUGACUGCCAUCAUCUAUAACCAGUUCAGAGGAUACUUACUGAUGGCGGUCCAGACCUCCAUCAUCCGCCGGAGACUUGGGAUCCGAGCAGCGUAUCAAGUCCUCAGCUGCCACGAACACACAGAAGAGCAUGUUCGUCUGGAUGCAGUGCUGAAGGUCAUGUCCAGAGUGCAGAUGCAGAGCUACUACAGAGCCGCCAUCACAGCGAAGGUGCACCAGUAUGACACACCUGGUCACAUGGAUCGAGAGCAGUUCAUGAAGAUUUUCGAUGAGCUGGAUAAAGAUCGGAUCAAGGAGCACCCUCCCCUGCCUGAAUAUGAAUCACCAGUUCUACAGCGACUUCAGGUUGCCUUCAGUCACUACUACCUCACUGUAUUUGGAAAUGCAGUGGCUCUAGCCAACGUCAUGUGUAUAUGUACUGUGUUGGUGCUGAAUUCGGAGCUGGAAACCUCAAAGAGAAACAACUUCUACAUGGAGAUCAUCAACCUCUGCUUCAUCCUCUACUACCUGUUCGAGAUGAGUGUGAAGAUAUUUGCCUUCGGCUGGAAAGGCUACAUCUCCUACAAGAACAACAUCUUUGAUGGCUUCCUCACCAUCCUGCUGCUGGCGCUCCAGAUCACCAUAUAUGCCACCUACAGUCUGCCAUUCGCUAGGGACCCUCCCUCUCAUGGAAUACUGUCUCUGUGGGAGAUGGUCCGCUUCAUCAACAUGUUGAUCGUCUUCCGCUUCAUGCGAAUCAUCCCAAAUAUCAAGCUCAUGGCUCUGGUUGCUAGCACACUGUUGGACCUGCUGAAAAACCUCAGAGCUUUCGCAGGAAUGCUGGUGGUCAUCUACUACGUGUUUGCUGUGUUUGGGAUCUGGCUGUUUGAAGGUGCCAUUAAACCUCCCUCUGACUACCCCUCCAUCAACACGACGGACAACGGCACAGUGACUAACUACACCAACGUUUGUGGGACGUAUGAGCAGCUUGGAUACUGGCCCAACAACUUCAACGACUUUGCUGCAUCUUUGGUGGUUCUGUUUGACAUCAUGGUGGUCAACAACUGGCAGGUGUUUCUGGAGGCCUACAGCAGAUACACCACAGGAUGGUCCAAGGUCUACUUUGUCAUCUGGUGGUUCAUCUCUUCAGUCAUGUGGGUCAACUUGUUUGUGGCCCUCAUCAUAGAGAACUUCAUCUUCAAGUGGGACCGCAGUCACACCUGCACGGUUUCAGAUGUGGAGAAGAUUCGAUAUCAAACUUCGGUCCAGCUCAUGUUCAAAGAGCAGGUCCAGGAGCCGACGGAGGAGGAGUUACUGUGUCGGCUCCACCAGCACCCGCACCUGACCCUGCACUGGUGACACUUGGAGGCGCGGCAGAGAGGCCUGUGCGGACUGUGGCAAUACUUGCUUUUAGGUUUUAUUUGUACUGGUAAUGUCUUAAGGCCAUGGAACGUUUUGCAAAUUUUAAUUCUGACAGAGUGUCAUGAACAACUCUUAGAUCUGCAGUCAACGGUUUUAACCAUUUAUAAGGAGCGAAAGUCAAGUGAUAAACAACGACUAUGUCGUGUUACUGUACAAGUGAAGGUAGUGAGGUACUCAGAUAUGAAAGUAUGAUAAAUCACCGACUGAGCUCAGUUGGACAGUGUGUUACUGAGCUCCUACAACAAAAGUAGAUCAAGAUGAGAGACAGUUUUGGACCAAAAAUGCAGUGAAAAACAGCUGUUUACGACUCCAUCUUUGUAUUUACAAAACCACAAAUGUUGCUGUCCCUAUAUUCUUCCAAAUAAUUAUGUUAUAUACAGUAUAUAUAAUUAUGUUGCCCUGUACCUCUCAACAUAAGAAGACAAUAAAGGCGUUCUGUUGCUGCUAGCUGGAAAAGUUAGGGAACCACUCAGUUUGGAUCACUAGCAUUUUUAUUAGCUCUUUAGCCCAUUGCUUUUACCUUUGAAGUGGUGACAGGUAGAUGAGGUAUCAUGAAACAGCAUUGCAGGGUUCAUGAACUAAUUUUCUCAGGCCAGUAGGUGGCACUCUUGGUUUAGAAAUGAUGUGAGGUUUCUUUGAAUCAGUUGUUCAAGCCCAAACAUUUUACAGCAGACAGCGCCAUCUGGUGGCCUCUGAAAAUCAGGACCCUGUUUCAUGAAACCUCACCCACCCAUCACUACCUGGCCGUCCAUGUGAGAUAAGAAUAUGACGCUUCCUCUUCCAUUCCUCAUCUUCCAUUGAAAACUGUUGAUUAUGAUAUAUAUUUUUAAUAAUAGACACACCAGACUUUAACCUGUAGAUCAAACUUCACACCAGCACUUUUUUCCCUUCAUUAUUAGUUUAAAAAAAAAGUUAAUACGUUUCGCCGUUUCUACGCAGUAUUCCAGAAAGGGAAUAUAAUGAAUGUAAUCUCAGAUUAAUUUCUCAGGUGAAUAAAUGGAAUACAUAAAUAUGCGCUUUGUUUAGUUUACUUUGCAAGGUUAGAUCUAUUUUGCUCAUGAGCUGAUGGUCAUAAUGUUAUGGCUACGCAAGUUGGUGAAACUUUUUUUAAACCUUGUUAUUGUCAGCUAUCACAAUUUUAGGUCAAACUCUUGCCUGGAGGUGAAUUAUUCAUCAGGUUUCUCUUGAUAAUAAACGUGUUUUUGUUGCCACAUGGAGGUGCACGACUUCCUCCAUCGCUCUUGACUUCAUUUCCCACGUCUCAUCCGACCCCAUCGUGAGCAACUGCACUUCCAUUUUGCCUGACACUUGUGUCAGCAGCGAGCAGCUUCCUCUCGCACAUUUGGAGCCAAACGUUACAUUUGCACUGCACGUACGAGACGGUUGUUCCUGUGUUUUCAUUUGAACUGCGCCUGCUGGUGACUGGGAGAGACAACAAUUUGUUGCAAAAAAGGCUAUUUCACGUUUGCUUUCGAAUUAUCUGAUGAUGAAGUGGAAAUAAAUAGAAUCAAACGUUUGUAUUUGUAACACAACUAACAAGGCAUGAGACUCUGCAGCCUGUCAACUUGUCUUUCCUCUGGAAUAUGACUCAGCAUGACAUGUUUUUUUUUGUCUCUUCUGCUGUACUUUACUUGUCUCAUAAUGCGUACAUGCUAAAUGUGUUUGAAAAAUAAAGUGACGGUUGUGGUGA